UGUGUAAAAGAUGUCUGCUCCACACGGGCCCCGGGGCGGCCCUGGCCCUGCUGCCUCAGCGGCCGGCGCCAUGCCGGAGAUGCCGGACCUCAGCCACCUCACCGAGGAUGAGAGGAAGAUCAUCCUCGGUGUCAUGGACCGACAGAAGAAGGAGGAGGCGAAGGAACAGUCGAUGUUAAAGAUCAAAGAAGAACCAAAGCCUCAGCCAGCACAGUGGUUUCCCUUUAGUGGGAUCACUGAGCUGGUAAAUAACGUCCUUCAGCCCCAGCAAAAGUCCCAAAAUGACAAGGAGCCAGAGCCAGACGCGAAGUUGCACCAGCAGUUUGAGUCGUAUAAGGACCAGGUCAAGAAGAUGGGGGAGGAGUCUAAACAGACUCAGGACCAGAAGAGUGAAGCCCCAACCUGCGGGAUAUGCCACAAAACCAAGUUUGCCGAUGGCUGUGGCCACCUCUGUUCAUAUUGCCAAACGAAAUUCUGUGCUCGGUGCGGAGGACGAGUGUCUCUGCGGUCAAAUAAGGAGGACAAAGUGGUUAUGUGGGUAUGCAACUUGUGCCGAAAACAACAAGAAAUCCUCACCAAAUCGGGGGCGUGGUUCUACGGCUCGGGGCCUGGUCAGGUGCGGGGCGUGUUUGAGGGCGGGCCACAGGGGAAGAAGGCCAAACUGCAGGACCCGUCUCUGUACCCCUACCAGGGAGCCUCAGGGGACUUGACACCAGCGUCAGACAGAAGCAGACCUCACGGCGGGCUCCUGCCCAGACAGGCGUCCCUUGACAACGGAUCGGGGCUGAGGUACUCAGACGCACCCAUAGACAGGAAACGAAGCCCAUCUGCAUCCAGGGAUCCAAACCAAAAAUACGACCAAAGGGAGGGGGGUGACCACUCACAGUAUGCCCCGACGGACGGCGGCAUGCCCAGAUCACCGUCUGACUAUGGGGAUGGGGACCCUCGGCGGGCUCCGCGGGGCCCACACAUGUACCCAGACGUGGAUGCAGCACGGAUGGGCUACCGGGACCGGCGGGGCCCGGGACGCUGGCACUCCCAGGAAUACCCGCUGGACCAGGAGCUAGAUGGACCCAGUGAGUAUGACCUCCAGCGGCAGCGCCAGGAGGAGUUCCAGGCACGCUAUCGCAGCGACCCCAACCUGGCACGCUACCCUGUUAAGCCACAGCCCUACGAGGAGCAGAUGAGGAUGCAUGCUGAGGUGGGCCGCCUGAGGCAUGAGCGCCGCCAUAGUGAUGUCUCCUUGGCGUAUACGGAGCAGGACGACCCAGGCCCCAUCCGGCUGUCUCGUCAGCAUCUCACCGAGCGCCGGCCGCCUAUGGUGGGACAGCGCUCCUACUCUGUUGACCGCUCUUCCCCUGGACCCAUGGGUCCUGGCCUCGGAGGUCACAGAACCUCCAACCACAGCCCUCCGACGCCACACCGUAGCCCUGUGCUGGGUGACCGAUCUGGGGACCUGCGGAGAGGGGACAUGGGUGGAGGUGAUCCCAUGAGGAGGCAGCAACACCACUUGGACCCCAGUUCAGCUGUCCGCAAGACCAAGAGGGAGAAGAUGGAGAGCAUGUUGAGGAAUGACUCUCUGAGCUCGGACCAGUCGGAGUCGGUGCGCCCACCACCACCCAAGCCCCACAAAACCAAAAAGGGAGGAAAGAUGCGGCAGGUGUCGCUGAGCAGCUCGGAGGAGGAGCUGGCUACCACACCAGAGUACACCAGCUGUGAGGAUGUGGAGAUAGAGAGUGAGUCAGUCAGUGAAAAAGGGGACAGUCAAAGGGGAAAAAGAAAAACAAUUGAGCAGACAUUUAUGUCCGAGCCGACACACACCUUAUCUGAGAGGCAAAAGAAAAUGGUGCGCUUUGGGGGCCACUCAUUUGAAGAGGACUUGGCAUGGUGUGAACCGCAGGUUAAAGACUCGGGAGUUGAUACGUGCAGUAGCACUACCCUAAACGAGGAGCAUAGCCAUAGUGAGAAGCACCCGGUGACGUGGCAGCCGUCCAAAGAUGGGGAUCGCCUAAUAGGGCGUAUUUUACUCAACAAGCGUAUGAAAGAUGGAAGUGUGCCUCGAGACUCAGGAGCUCUGCUUGGUCUAAAGGUGGUGGGAGGCAAGAUGACAGAAUCUGGUAGACUUUGUGCUUUUAUCACUAAAGUGAGGAAAGGAAGUCUAGCAGACACUGUUGGACACCUCAGACCAGGUGACCAGGUGCUGGAGUGGAACGGGAAGCUUUUACAAGGAGCCACAUUUAAAGAAGUUUACAAUAUCAUUCUAGAAUCGAAGCCUGAGCCGCAGGUGGAGCUGGUGGUCUCACGGCCUAUAGGAGAUAUUCCAAGGAUACCAGACAGCACACAUGCACAACUGGAAUCAAGUUCGAGUUCUUUUGAGUCUCAGAAGAUGGAUCGCCCAUCCAUCUCUGUCACGUCCCCCAUGAGUCCCAGCAUGCUGAGGGACGCCCCCCAGUACCUGUCAGGACAGCUCUCAAGCCAAAGCCUUAGUAGAAGAACAACGCCUUUUGCCCCUAGGGUCCAGGUUAAACUGUGGUAUGACAAAGUUGGCCAUCAGCUAAUUGUCACUAUCCUGGGCGCCAAAGACCUGCCACCCAGGGAAGAUGGCCGGCCCAGGAACCCUUACGUCAAAAUCUACUUCCUCCCUGAUAGAAGCGACAAAAGCAAGAGGAGAACAAAAACGGUAAAGAAAUCCUUAGAGCCCAAAUGGAACCAGACCUUUAUGUAUUCGCCGGUGCACCGGCGGGAGUUUCGGGAACGCAUGCUGGAGAUCACGCUGUGGGACCAAGCCAGGGUGAGGGAGGAGGAGAGCGAAUUCCUGGGAGAGAUCCUCAUUGAGCUGGAGACAGCUCUUCUGGAUGAUGAGCCACACUGGUACAAGCUACAAACCCAUGAUGUGUCCUCCAUCCCACUCCCACGUGCCUCCCCAAACACACAGCGCAGGCAGCUCCAUGGAGAGAGUCCAACACGACGGCUCCAGAGAUCCCAGAGGAUAAGUGACAGUGAGAUCUCAGACUACGAUUGUGAAGAUGGUGUUGGGGUAAUAACAGACUACCGGCCAAAUGGCAGAGACUUCCAGAGCUCCACAUUGUCUGUCCCUGAGCAGGUGAUGUCGUCCAACCACUGCUCUCGGUCGGCCGAUAUUAACCGGGCGCGGUCGCGCUCUCCCAGCGUUCCCCCACCCUCCAGCAGAAGUCUGGACCCAGCCUUUGACCUUAGGCCUUCUCAGUACAGCUCCUCCUCUAGAGUGGACCACCACAGUGUGUCUGAAGAUAACUACUCACCGGACAGGAACCACGGAGCCAUGGAUAGACACGAGUAUCACAGCAGGUCCCGCUCUGCAGACCAGCGGCCCACUAUAGAGCGCCCCACAUCCCGCUCGCGCUCCACUGAACGCCCCCACGACUCUUCGCUCAUGAGGUCCAUGCCGUCUCUGCCAUCUGGGAGGUCCGCCCCCCCCUCACCUGCCUUGACGAGGGCGCAUCCUCGUAGUGGAUCAGUCCAGACCAGUCCCACCAGUACCCCUAUGUCCAGUAGACGAGGACGGCAACUUCCCCAGCUUCCACCCACGGGCAAAGACAGAAGUAUGGACAUGGAGGAGAGGACCAGGCAGAUGAAACUGAAGAUGAACAAGUACAAGCAGGGAGCGGGCUCUGACUCCAGACUGGAGCAGGACUACCACAAGCGUUCAGGCAGAGAUCCACGGGGCUCUGAUAACCUGUCGGCCAAGUCAUCGGACAGCGAUGUAAGCGACGUGUCCGCUGUGUCGAGAACCAGUAGUGCCUCUCGGUUCAGCAGCACGAGCUACAUGUCUGUCCAAUCAGAAAGGCCGCAAGGAAACCGCAAAAUCCGUGACUUUGCAUCCAAAAUGAAAAACAGGCAGAUGGGCUCGUCGGGCGGGAUGAACAUGACCAAGAGCACAAGCAUCAGCGGCGACAUGUGUAACCUGGAGAAGACGGACGGCAGCCAGUCGGACACGGCGGUUGGCACGGUAGGCACUGACGACAAGAAGAGGCGCUCCAGCAUUGGUGCCAAAAUGCAGGCCAUGGUUGGCAUGUCGCGCAAGAGCCGGAGCACCUCUCAGCUCAGCCAAACAGAAGCGGGAGGUAAGAAGUUACGCAGCACGAUCCAGAGGAGUACAGAGACAGGCCUGGCGGUGGAGAUGAGGAGCAGGAUGACUCGGCAGGCCAGCCGGGAGUCCACAGAUGGCAGCAUGAACAGCUACAGCUCCGAGGGAAAUCUCAUCUUCCCUGGUGUGAGGCUCUCCUCAGAUGCUCAGUUCAGUGACUUCCUGGAUGGUCUCGGCCCCGCCCAGCUGGUUGGACGGCAGACGUUGGCUACUCCACCUAUGGGCGACAUCCAGAUCGGUAUGGUGGAGAAGAAAGGGGCACUGGAGGUGGAGGUCAUUAGAGCCCGCGGCCUUGUGGGAAAACCAGGUUCCAAGGCACUGCCAGCACCAUAUGUAAAGGUCUACCUUUUGGAAAACGGAGUCUGCAUAGCCAAAAAGAAAACAAAAGUAGCAAGAAAAACCUUGGAUCCUCUUUACCAGCAGCAACUGCCGUUUGAGGAGAGUCCAGGAGGGAAGGUUUUACAGGUCAUCGUUUGGGGCGACUAUGGACGUAUGGACCAUAAAUCAUUCAUGGGAGCAGUUCAGAUACUGUUAGACGAGCUGGACCUGUCCAACAUGGUGAUUGGCUGGUUUAAGCUCUUUCCUCCUUCCUCACUGGUGGACCCUACUCUGGCCCCACUGACAAGAAGAGCUUCCCAAUCCUCACUGGACAGUUUCUCUCGAUCAUAGCAGCGUGUGGAGUGAUAGCGUUGUUGUAGCAGCCAGUGUUGCGAUUACAGGUCACGCCCCCCGGUUACACUGCAUGCUUGAUGUUGUGUCUUCUGAGCCUGUUUCUAGGGGUGCAAAAACGUGAUCCUGUGUUUUGAGCAAAAACGUCGCACACAUUGUGCACGUGGUGAAGCGUGUUGCAAGCACCUGGCGGCCGGGAUUGCCGGGUGUUGUUGUUGUUGUUUGGAGGAAGCUGGAAUGAACUCCUUAGCACGAGGAAUCCGUCAGUUCCAGGUUUUCAUCCAAUUCGAAGCCAUGGGGGUCAGUACUGGGAACCGCUAAAUGAGUUCUACAGGAGCCCUUUUCGAAUGAAAAAUAAAUGUUUUUGCUUACUUUUUUUUGUUUAUUUGUUUUUUGUUUUUUUUUUUCUUUUUAUGUCAGUGUACUUUUAUCUGAGGGGGUGACAGUGUUUCUAACCAGAUGCUUGGUCACGCCACGCCAACAGACCUAGCUGUGUAGAUGGAGUUUUGGAGACCAUCGCUUUGGGUGAGGUGUGUCCCAGCUUGUAUCCACACUCCCCCAAACCCCAAAAGAAAUAUCCCGCAUACUCUAGGUUUAUGUACUGAAUCAAAACGUGCUGGUAAAUCACCAGGAAGACUUAAAGUUAAUCAGAGGAAAUAUUGAAGUGGCUACCAUCAACACUCCAGAGUAAACAGUAACGAUCCAAACCCCAUGAAAAAGAUGUACAAUCUACCAUCAUUCUUUCUCUGUUGAUAUAUUGUAUGAAAAUUAAAUGAGAAAAAAAAUAUUUUUUUUCCUUUUUAGUUCAUUUGCAUGGACACAAAUUUAGCUGAAUUAAAAGAAAAAAAGAAAAUUAUUUUCUUGAGGCUGCAACUUGCAAAAAAGAUGAAGAAAAAAAUAAAUAAAACAGAUCAGCCAUUUUCAACAAUUUAUAUUAUUUUUAAAGAUAAAUUUCACUAGUGCAUGGUUUUCAAGGGGAGUGAAUGCAACAUCGUGAUUAAAAAAAAAAACAUUGUUUAUCAUUCUUUAGACCAUUCAUGAGUCUGUGUUUUGCAGACAUGCAGAUAAGGGAAACUUAAAGGAAACUUUUGGAGCUAUUUAACAGAAAAUGUUUAUGUGACAAAAAGUGAAAAUGAAAAUAAAUGUAAAUGAUCUAUUUCAUUGUAAAAGGCUCAUGCCUUAUAAAGAUAAAAAUUAUGUGCAAAUUGUACAUGUUUCUCUUUUUCUUCCUUGUCCCAGGGUACUUCUCAUUGUACUAUUCAUUGCUACCAUUGUUCAGUCCCCUGAUAUUGUCCAGAUUUUAGGACUGUUGGUUCUUUUACAGUUCUGUAUUGUUUCAGUAUGUAUUUUAUUUUGGAUUUGAUUUGUUUAACAAGCAUGUUGAAAAGGAUUUUCUGCAACAUGGCUUGGGCACACCUUACAGUAACUCAGCAUGUUUUGAUAAAGAUGAUAUUUGGAAUUUUUGCAGUUUCUUGUACAGUGCAUGUCAACUUCA